AUGGACGAUCUGGCAAGCCUGGAGUUUGGCGCGCCGGCGCGCCAAGGCACGCCGAGCCAGCCGAACUCGUACAACUUUGACGCGCUCCUGCGAUCGAUGCCGUCGCAGGGCGCGCGGCCCGCUUCGCCUAGUAAGCCGAGCGGGCCGAGCAGGUCGAAUCUGCCGAGCAAGCCGAGCGCAGCGAGCAACGGAAACGCGCCGCGCAGCGAUGCGUUCGAGUCGCUCCUUCCGUCCUCGUUCGUACAGCCAGCGAGUAAGCCGAUGGGGGGGGCGGCAGCACAAAAGGUGCAGCCCGCCAAGGAGCAGGCCACUAAGGAGGCCAACGAUAUGUGGGGUUUCGACGCAUUUGAAUCGAUCGGUACGCCGGCCGCCAAGCCCGUGCCGAAGCCGGCACCAUCCAGGCCUUCGCAGCCGCCGCAAGCAGCGCAGCCUGCAGGCGGCGACCUUCUGGACGAGUUUUUUGGGCCAACGGACAGCGCCAAGGACGCGGCGCCCGCCGCCGACGACGACUUUCUCGGCGAGCUCGGCAAGCCCGUACAGGCCGCAGCUAAGCCUUCCAAGCCGCCUGCAAAGCCCGCCGCACCGCCAAGCGAGCCGGUGCACCGCACGCCUACAGGGCGCAGCGCAUCACCCCCGCCCCACGUCGUCGGCCAACUGGUCGAGAUGGGCUUUGCGCCGAACGCCGCACGUCGUGCACUGUCGCAGACAGCGACCGGCGUCGAUAUCGAGGCUGCACUGACGAUCCUUACCGAGGACGCGCCGCCCCGCCGCGAGCCGGAGCGGCCUGCGCGCACAGAGCGUGCGGAUGCGCUGCCUGCGCAUCCGUCCGAGCGCGACGGCCUGCCUGCGCACCCCGCGGACCGCGCGGGAGGGCUGCCUACGCACCCCGCAGACCGCCACCAGGAUCCGUGGGGCUCGCGCGAGCCCCGCCAGGAAUGGCAGAAGCAGGCGGACCAGCUGCGGUCGCAGGCCACCGAGAUCGGCUCGAGCGUGCUCAAGAGUGCCAAUGCGUUCUGGGGCACGGCGAAGGCCCAGGCGCAAAAGGCCUUGGACGAUGCGCGCCAGGACGGGCAGGAGCAGAGUGCGAUGGAUAUGGCGGCCGGCCUCGGGCGGCAUGCAUGGCGCCGAUGGGGCACGAUGCAGACGCAAAAGAAGCCGGUCGACUAUGAUGGGCGGCCGCGCUGGAUGCAAGAGGCCGACGAGAGCCAGGGAGCCGAGCGGCCGGAGCGGGCCGAGCGGGCCGAGCGGGCUGAGCGGGCUCCUGAGCGGGCUCCUGAGCGGGUCCAGCGGCCUGCCGAGGCGCGCCAGGAAGCAGGUGUAGAGGGCCGUGGCAAGGCCAAGGCCGAGCAGCCCGAGGCCGACUUGCUGGGUGGCAAUGCGGAGCCCGCGCGCAGUGCCAGGCGUGCCGAGCGCACUGCGCAAUCCGCCCACAGUGCGCAAUCUGCGCGCCCUGCGCAACCAGCUCGCCCUGUGCAACCAGCGCGCGCGAAGCAGCCCGCGCGUGCGACUGGCCCCCUCCUGGAGCGCACGUUCCCUGCCGAACCCCCCGCAUCCGUGACGCGUGCUGCCGACUUUAAAAAGAGCGGCAACGAUGCGUUCCACCGCGGCGCGUACAGCGAGGCCGAGGACCACUAUACCAAAGCGCUGGGUGUCCUGCACGAGCUCUCGCUGUACCGUGUCCCCCUGCUCAACAACCGUGCGAAUGUGCGCCUGAAGAAUGGCGACAGCGAAGGCUCAGAAAAAGAUUGCACGACGUCGCUCCAGCUGAUUGUGCUGCCCGGCAUGCAUACCGGCUCCGGCACGCCGCUCUACCACCCCCAGCGCGAGGCGCCGAUCCCUGCGUCCUACCAAGUGAAUUUGCGCGAAGCGUAUGCAAAGAGCGUGAGCCAGCGUGCGAAGGCGUACGAGCUGCGUGAAAAGUGGGCGCUUGCGCAGCAAGACUGGGCAGCGCUUUUGCUCUUUGAGCGUGCCGACGGCAGCGGCGUGCGUACCGGCGAUGCGAACCGCCGUGCGGCGACGCAAGGUGCGGCGCGGUGCGAAAAGAUGCUGCGCCCGCCCCCCCCCAAGCCCGUCGCGAAAGCCGCGCCGAGCGCUGCGGCGCAGCGUGCGUCGGACGCCGGGCGCGACCGUGUCCGCGCGCAGCUCUCUGCCCAGGACGCGGAGGAGGCCGAGCGCAUGGAGCACAAAGACAAGGUCGACGCCAAGAUCCAGGCGUGGAGCGCCGGCAAGAAAAACAACAUCCGCGCGCUCCUUUCGUCGCUCGACGACCCCCAGUUUGGCCUGCUGUGGCCCUCGCUGAACUGGAAAAAGGUGCAGCUGCACGAGCUGAUUACCGACGCCCAGGUCAAGCGCGCCUUUACCCGCGCCAUUGCCAAGCUGCACCCCGACAAGCUUGCCCCCAGCACGACGUCGGUCGAGCAGCGCAUGACGGCUGCCGGCGUCUUUCACGCACUGAAUGAAGCAUUCCAUGCCUAA